CUUCCUCGUCUUCCCUCUCACAUCCUUGCUCUCUCGUCCACCACCGCCGCCGCUUGUCGAAAUUGAAUCCCGACGAGUCCUCCUCCCCGUCCCCCUGCAAAGGGACCAAACAAAUCCUUAUUAGACGACGUAGAGCCCUCGCGUCUCGCGCCGCUCGCCUUCCCCGCGAUCACGUGUCAAUCAUCACUUAAGCCUCCCUCCCUCUCUCUCUCACCGCAGCGCGCGCCGCUCGCCGCUGUCUGUCGCCGUUGACGCUACUGUUUCACUAGCGCGCGCCGUGCCGCCAGCCAGCUGCUCUUUGCGCGCACAGUACCGCAUUGUAAUCAUACCUUCCCCCACCCACCUUCCUUCCUUCCUUCCUCCCACUCGCACCACCCCUUGGGGUAGCUUCUCCCAACCUCCUUCUCUCUCGCCCUCGCUUUGCCUCUCUCUCGCCCCUCCCCCCUCCCCGCUCUGCCUCGGCACACCGUCGUUGGUUGCACCGCCCAGCUCCACCCACUACGACCAACUACGGUACUACGGCCUGAUUACCUACCGCCCGCCCCGAUUACAUCGACCAGUCGUCUCAACGCCUGAUUGUGCCUCCCUCUCCCCUCUCUGGGUGGUGACUGCUAUUGCUACUACUACAACUGCUACUCUGCCGCAUCGCAUCAUAUCACAUCGCAUCGCACCCAUCCAUCAGCAAUCUACCUUCCCUCGACUUUUCUGGCCAACAGCGCCGACACUGCACGGCCAUCAUGGCCGACACCAUGGUAGCCCAGCCCCUAGGCGCUACAGCCUUUGAGGGCCACCUACUCGGUCUCCUAUCAGAACUAGACAAACAGCCAAACCUCGCAUACCAGCAGCCGCUCUCUGCGGCCAAGACGCCCGCCGAAAAGGCCAUCGAAGAGGCCAUCCUACGUCUCGCUCGCCGCGCCGCCCAGAACGCAGCCGCCGAGCCCGUCUCCAACGGCAACGCGUCUCACCACCAGCGUCCCGCUGACAAGACGCCCCCGCCACUCGAUACCAACUACUCGUCCAUUUGCCCAACUUGUACCCGCCCCAUCGCACCGAUCACGACCCCUACACAGUCCUUCUCGGCUCUUGAACUCACCUCGCCCCGCAUUGUCAACAAAUGGAGCAGCAGAGACACGGCCCUGUCUGCGGACAAGGAACUCGAAUUACUCAAGGCGCAGGUUCAGGAUAUUGCUCGUGUGUGCAAGGCUGUCGCCACUGGCGAUCUCACCCAAAAGAUUAUCGUCCCCGUUGAGGGACAGGCUAUGACGGAACUCAAGGACAUUAUCAACUCAAUGGUCGACAGGCUCAACACUUUUGCAACAGAGGUGGAACGUGUGUCGCUCGAGGUCGGAACGGAAGGCAAGCUCGGUGGUCAGGCCGUCGUCGAAGGCGUCGAAGGGACCUGGCGCGAACUCACCAAUGUUGUCAAUCGGCUGGCUGCAAACCUUACCAACCAGGUGCGAAGCAUUGCCAAGGUCACCAAGGCUGUGGCCCGUGGUGACCUCUCGGAAACAAUCACGGUCGACGCAAAGGGCGAGGUCGCAGAGCUUGCCACGACGGUCAAUGGAAUGGUCAUGUCACUACGAUUGCUAGCAGGCGAAGUCAGUCGAGUGUCUCUCGAAGUCGGUUCUCAAGGCAAACUCGGUGGUCAGGCCUAUGUGCCGGAUGUAGAGGGCGUGUGGAAAGACCUAACAGUCAAUGUCAAUCGAAUGUGUCACUCCCUCACCACCCAAGUGCGAUCUAUCGGUAGCGUGACCACUGCAGUCGCCAUGGGAGACCUAUCAAAGACUAUUGAAAUCGAAGCCGAAGGAGAAAUGGCCGUGCUCAAGGACACGGUCAACUCGAUGGUCAAACAACUCACAAACUUCUCGGCCGAAGUUACCCGUGUCGCCCUGGAAGUCGGAACGCAGGGUAUACUCGGUGGUCAAGCCGUCGUCGAUGGUGUCGAGGGUGUGUGGGCGGACCUCACCACCAAUGUCAACAAAAUGGCCAGGAACCUCACAGACCAAGUGCGAGAGAUCGCCGAAGUCACCAAGGCUGUGGCGCGCGGAGACCUCACCAAGACGGUCAAUGCCGAUGUGCAGGGUGAAAUUCUCGACCUCAAGAUGACUGUCAACGACAUGGUGGCCCAGCUCACCGUGUUCGCCGCCGAAGUCACGCGUGUGUCCCUUGAAGUCGGUACCGAAGGCAAGCUUGGUGGACAGGCUUUAGUCCCCAACGUCGAAGGCACCUGGAAGGUUCUUACGGACAAUGUCAACCUCAUGGCCACCAACCUCACCACGCAGGUGCGAUCCGUGGCCGAAGUCACAACUGCUGUCGCUGCUGGUGAUCUCUCCAAGAAGAUUUCCGUCGAGGCGUUUGGCGAAAUCCUCCAGCUCAAGAACACUGUCAAUGCAAUGGUCGACUCUUUGAGGAGUUUCUCGUCGGAAGUCACUCGUGUCGCUCGUGAAGUCGGUACCGAUGGAAGGCUCGGCGGUCAGGCCAAGGUGCCUGGUGUCGCUGGUACCUGGAAGGACCUUACCGACUGUGUCAACGUCAUGGCUGCCAACCUUACAGUCCAAGUGCGAACCAUUGCCCAUGCUACUACCGCCGUCGCUCGUGGUGACCUCACCCAAAAGGUCGUUGGUGUCACCGUCUCGGGAGAAAUCCUCGACCUUGUCAACACCAUCAACAAUAUGAUUGACCAGCUUGCCAUCUUCGCCAAGGAAGUCACCCGUGUCGCCCGAGAGGUCGGUACGGAAGGAAAGCUCGGAGUCCAGGCCGAGGUCGGCAACAUUGAGGGCACAUGGCAGGAGAUCACGUCCAAUGUCAACACCAUGGCCUCGAACCUUACGUCCCAGGUGCGAGCCUUCGCCCAGAUUUCCGCCGCCGCCACGGACGGUGACUUUACCCGCUUCAUCACGGUCGAGGCAUCAGGUGAAAUGGACUCGCUCAAGACCAAGAUCAACCAGAUGGUGUACAACCUCCGCGAGUCGAUUGAGAAGAACACGAGCGCCCGUCAGCAGGCCGAGCUUGCCAACAGGUCAAAGUCCGAGUUCCUCGCCAACAUGUCGCACGAAAUUCGUACGCCAAUGAACGGUAUCAUUGGCAUGACGGUGCUCACGCUCGAGAGCGAGUUGACUCGCCAGCAGCGUGAGAACCUCAUGAUCGUCAGCUCGCUCGCCAGCUCGUUGCUCACCAUCAUCGACGACAUUCUCGAUAUCUCCAAGAUUGAGGCUGGUCGCAUGACCAUGGAGCAGAUUCCGUUCUCCCUCCGUCUGGCCGUCUUCAGUGUCCUCAAGACGCUCUGCGUCAAGGCCUCGCAGAACAAGCUCGACCUUAUCUACGACAUUGACACGACCAUCCCCGACCAGCUCGUCGGCGACCCUCUCCGUCUGCGUCAGGUCAUUACGAACCUGAUCGGUAACGCCGUCAAGUUCACCACCGAGGGCCAGGUUGCCCUGUCGUGCCGCGUCAAGUCGUCCAAGGAGGGUGAAGUUGAGCUGUCCUUCUGCGUCGCCGACACCGGUAUCGGUAUCAAGCAGGACAAGCUCGACCUCAUCUUCGACACAUUCGCACAGGCCGACGGCUCGACAACUCGCAAGUACGGUGGUACUGGUCUCGGUUUGACCAUCUCCAAGCGCCUGGUCAACCUCAUGAACGGUGACCUGUGGGUUGAAUCCGAGUUUGGCGAGGGCAGUCGCUUCUACUUCACCAUGGUCACCGCCACGACGUCGUACACGAACGAGCAAGUCAUCGAGCGUGUCUCGCCGUGGGCAGGCCGCGCCGUGCUCUUCAUCGACACAUUAGGCGACGAGACGGGCGUGUGCGAGAUGCUCACGGAACUCAACCUCAAGGUUACGGUUGUCAACACAGCCAACGCCGUGUGGGACCUCAAGCAGACGGACGGCUUCCCGCACUUUGACACCAUGAUUGUCGACUCGCUAACCGCGGCUGAGCGGGUGCGUACCAUUGAGCACUUGCGAUACAUUCCCAUUGUGCUCUUGGCUCCGUCCGACCGGCCAGCUGGGCCCGACAACCCGUCGUUCAUCACCAUGGACCAGGACCGGCGCAAGUUACUCGGCCUCCCGAGCCCCUCGGAGCAGCUCAUCUCGCCCGUACCCGUCAAGGACUGUCUCGACAUGGGUAUCAACACGUACUACACCACGCCGUUGAACCUGCAAGAGCUGGCCAAUGCCAUCGUGCCCGCGCUCGAGUCGCACCAGGUUCAGCCCGGCGACACGGUCAAGGACACGGUGCUGAGCAUUCUGCUUGCCGAAGACAAUGUCGUCAACCAAAAGCUCGCCGUCAAGCUGCUUGAGGUGGCUGGUCACAAGAUUGAGGUGGCGGAUAACGGCGAGAUCGCCAUUGAAAAGUACAAGAGGAGACAGCUGGCGGGUACGCCUUUUGACGUUAUCCUUAUGGACGUGUCGAUGCCAGUCAUGGGCGGUAUGGAGGCCACGGGCCUUAUCCGCGAACACGAGGCCGUGACCAACAUUGCCGCCACGCCUAUCAUUGCCUUGACGGCCCACGCCAUGAUUGGCGACAAGGAGCGCUGUCUCGCAGCAGGGAUGACCGCCUAUGUGACCAAGCCACUACGCCGCGGCGACCUGCUAGCGGCUAUCGCCAAGGUGCUAAACACCAAGCCGCAGUCUGGCGCUCCGCACUACAUGUCGGACGCCACCCAGUCGACCAUUGACGAUGUCGACCGGACGCUGGUCCUCGCCAGCCGUUAGAGCCCAUACACGCCAGCGCUAGAGCUAUACACGGCACUAGAGCUUUUCUACUGCAGCAUUACUUCUUCGUUUUGGGUCGUUGCUCCUUUUUUCGUUUUGCUCGUCUCUUGGUCUGUUAUUACAGCAAACUGUGGAUAUCGUCGCGUAUAUCUCCCUUUCACGGCAUUGCAGGGAAUACACCUGUGGUAUCGUUGUAUGGAUUGUAGCCUCAUGCAUGUGGUUGGUGGAG